AUGGCAUCGACGCUGAAAUAUGUUCGCGUUCCACCGAACUCGGCGAACUUGGAGGAGGCGCGGAAGCGGGUUUUCGAGUUCUUCAAGACGGCGUGCAGAUCCAUCCCUACCAUCAUGGACAUCUACAUCCUCGAUGACGUCGCCAAACCCUCCGAGCUUCGCUCCACCGUCGCCUCUGAGAUCCGCAAGAACGCUCAUGUUACUGACCCCAAGGUUAUAGAUAUGCUGCUCUUCAAGGCGACGGAAGAGUUGAGCAACAUCGUGGAGCAUGCAAAGCAGAGGCACCAUAUUAUUGGACAAUAUGUGGUAGGUCGGCAAGGCCUUACGCAAGACCUAGGAAUAAAGGAUCAGGGCAACUCCAAUUUCCUGAAAAAUUUCUAUAGCGGAAACUAUUUCUGA